GGCUAUCUCCUACCUUGUAGUGUUUAGCAUGACAAUAUGUUUGGUCCCUUGUCCAUUGAUCUUGUCCGUGCAAAUCUUCAAAAUUAUAUGUAUGUAGCUUGUGUUUCUGAAUGUUGCUGUAUUGUGGUCUAAAUAUCUUACUGCAAUUGCAUUUGAUUUGACUGCGCUGUUGUGUCGUCGUCUCACUAUCCAUAGAGAUUUUGGCAUGGUUCUGACUAGCAAAUUUCUAGACUACUGUAAAUCAGGUUUUGAUGAUCUUAAAACUAUUUGAAAAAGGCUAAGUUGAGGUUCAUCUCGUUUGGAAACCAGGAUACUGUGAUGCAAAUGCUAAGUCCUUGCCAAUUCACACAUCAGCAAAACUAGGUGCUACUCUACUUCUAUUUUUCCUGACUUUAAAACAGAUAAACAGAAGCAAACGUUCCUCUUCCUUUCUCUUUGCCUACAGGAAUUACAAAUACCAGAAUAGGAUGCAAAGGCUGCUCUCUCUGUAUUUGCCUUAAGUACUAAACACAUAGAAGGAAUUACUAGCUGCAUUUCACGGCUAUAGUGACGACUGUAGUUGUGGUUGACGUAGAGGAGCCGAAUCCCACAAAUGCAUGACUCUCAUCUUAUUUCCCUAUCAAACUAUUAUCAUAUCGGAGGAAAAUAUGGAUUCUUUUCCAAGUCCCAAAUGUCAUCGGCUUCACUCUGUAAAUUAAAGAGAGACAUAACAGAUUACACAAAAAUCAUAUUGCUUACAAAUGGAUUUUAGGAAUUUUGGACAAGAUAAGUGGAAUACCGUUAGUAAACGAGCAUAGUACCCAUAGUCCCGCAAACCAUCUGCAUUUGUUCCAGUCAUUUUCUCUGUAGGUGCUUCGCAUUGUGCAACUGGAAUGUACUUCUCUCCUCUCUAUGCAAAAUAUAAAUCAGAACAAACAUUAGUUGAGUUAUUAGUAAAUCUAUAGGCUGUUUCGAUAAGUGAUAAGAGAUUUACAGAAGAAGAUUGUUUUUCGGGAAUGACUUUAGCUGCCCCUUUUUUCUUUUUACUGGGAUGUUGAUUAUCAAGCCAUGAUUUCUUCCUUUUUGAAGUCUUCUGCUGAAUUUCCUUUUUCUUCAGGCAAGCUGUUUGCAAACAAAUGUCUGGUUCCUGAGAUAUGGCUUCAGUUCUGCAUGUAGUAGUAGGAGCUUUGUCUUCAACUUGCUUCUUUAGAUUCUUCAAAGCAUCAUCUACUAAUUUGAUGCACUCUUCUGAUGCAACUGCUUGGGAAGCUAUGCCAAGGAACUCGUGCAUGAAAAACUUCAGCUGCUGCCUAUCUUCCGAUCUAGGGUCUUCCAAAACAAUGUUGCCAUGGCUGUUUUGAAUAGUGCCGCUUCGUGCUUCUCGAGUCCAUCGCUUCAAAAUAUAGUGGCUUGUGUUAGAGUACGUAAUGGGCCUAAUGGCCUGGGCUGGCGGUAUAGCCCGUUAGUCUUAGGGUUAAUUAGAGAUAAGGGUCGCUUGCUUAGGGGUCAAGUAAGCCUUGCUUGGGAGUCAAGUAAACCUCUCUAUAUAAAGAAAGGAGAUGUAUCAAUCUAAUUAAGCAAGAAUUAAGAAGGAAAUCCCUUCCCUCUUGCCCGGCCAUGGGCAAAAAGGCCCCCGGCCGGCCCUCUCGCGCCCUCCUUCUAGCAGCGCCAUAACAAUUUGGUAUCGCUAGCUUCGGUUCGAUCAUGUCUUCACCGCCGCCCAACCCGUCUCUUCCGCUGCCGGUCACGACCGUCGCCCCGCUCCUGCCCGCGCCGGGAUCCUCCGUCGCGCCCGCCCCCGUCGUCCUCACCCCGGAGGUGUCCGGGGCGCUGCGGGACCUAACACAGGCGGUCCAGGAGAUCCACCUGUUCUUGGCCGGGUCCUAUGGGCCGCACCCGGCUGCGCCGCCCAUCACCGCCACCGCACCGCCGUGGCUGCCGUGGCAGCCGCCGCACCAAGAGGCCCCCGCGCGCUCGCCGGGCUACUGCAGCAGCCGCUGCAGCUGCCAUCCAUCGCCCCGUCCUGGCUGUCAUGGCAGCCGCCGCACCAGGCGGCCUCCGCCGCGCUCGUCGGGCUGCUGCAGCAGCCGCUGCAACUGCCAUCCACCGCCACCACCGCCCCGUCCUGGCUGCCGUGGCAGCCGCCGCACCAGGUGGCCUCCGCCGCGCUCAUCGGGCCGCUGCAGCAGCUGCCAUCCACCGCCCCGCCCUGGCUGCACUGGCAGCCACCGCUCCUGGCGACCUCCGCCGCGCCCGGCGCUCCGCCGCAGCAGCCGCUGCAACUGCAGCAGCCAUCACCGGUCAGCUCCGGCCCCGCAUCGACCGCGCCGACGGGAGUCCCGAUCCACCAGAUCAAGUUCCCGCCGUCGCCAUCACCGCUUCCCCAGGGCGUCCCCAUCCAGCAGAUCAAGCUUCCGCCGUCGCCGUCACCACUUCCAGCUUGGAUCACUACCCGCCACGUGUCGGCGAUGGUGAGGCUGCAGGCUGCUGCAUGCGGCCUCCUAGCGCGUCGGCGUGUGCGGGAGUUGCGUGGUCUGCAGCUGCCGCUCCUCCCAGUUGCGCUUCGCUGCGCAAAGGACCUCGAUCUCGUCCACUGCGUCAGGGAUCUUGGGCAUGCUGUUUUCCCCACGGGCAGCGACCUCCAAGUCUGCAACAUUGGCGGUUGGGGGAGCGCACCCCUCCUCGUCAUUCUCCAUCGCAAGCCCCCCACUCUUCUCUGUGCGGUGCAGACCAACAGCCGUCCGGCAGGAAGAAGGCAUGGUGUCACCGACAACAACGCACCACGUAGCACCACUGCAUUCCGUCACCGGGCGCCGCAAGGGCGCCUCUGCUGGUCACUCUUGCGACCACUUCCAGGUGGCCAUACACAUGCACUCCUUUUGUCCAGAUGGUGUCCAUGGGAUCCAGGUGGUUGUACGCGUGCACGUCCGACGUGCGGAUGGUAUCCACUUUUUAUUAAGAGGUCCAAAAUAAAUCAUCCCGGUCCAUUUCAGGUUGAGAGUAAUAAAACAAGCCGAGAUGUAAAAGGCUUGUUUUUAGGUGUUAGAUCUGUGUUGCGUCGAGUCAUGGUUAUAAGUUGGUUAGGCUGCAGCUCGAGGACAAGCUGCAUGUCUAGGUGGGUUGUAGUGUUAGAGUACGUAAUGGGCCUAAUGGCCUGGGCUGGCGGUAUAGCCCGUUAGCCUUAGGGUUAAUUAGAGAUAAGGGUCGCUUGCUUAGGGGUCAAGUAAGCCUUGCUUGGGAGUCAAGUAAACCUCUCUAUAUAAAGAAAGGAGAUGUAUCAAUCUAAUUAAGCAAGAAUUAAGAAGGAAAUCCCUUCCCUCUUGCCCGGCCGUGGGCAAAAAGGCCCCCGGCCGGCCCUCUCGCGCCCUCCUUCUAGCAGCGCCAUAACAGCUUGGAAGAUACUUAAUAUUCAUGACAUCCAGAGCUUUCAAAGCAUGACUACACAAUAUACCAACUCUUUCAAAUUGGCCACAGCUACAUAGAACUUUUUGCUCUUCAUCAACUAUAACUUUGCAUUCUUCUUCAUAAGAGCAUUCCGGAUCAAGAUUGGCAAUUGCAACAGUAUAUGCAUUGUCUUCCUCCGAUGGCUUGAUGUACGCUGAGAUGGAUCUUUCGUAUUCAUUCUGAAAAUCUUCAAAUAUGCUAGGUGUGUAAACUUUGCUUGCUUGUAUUACUGUAGGAGUUCUUAUUCUAACUCUAGGUAAUUUUUUCCUCGACUCAUAUUCCUCAUUUACCUCUUUAUCUCUCUUUCCUUGCACAACCCUCUCUACGUGCUUGAAAAAACGAAGAAUGUCAAGAUCAGACUUCAAAUGGUCUUUCAAGUCACUAUUCAAGCUCUCACUUAAUUGUGUGCUUCUCAUGCCUAUAGUUGAAAGCUUCUUCAAAGUCUUCCUCUUCCUCGUACUUGUACAUGCAAGCACUGAAAUCAGCAAGUACAUUUGGGCCAUCCUCGUCUUUUUUCUUAUGAGGAGAAGGAAGGCAAAAGGGAGAUCAUCUACAUUAAUCUCCUGUCAAGUAUUGGAAAUCCCAAGUAUUUCAUGAGCAAAGCACCUAUGGUACAACUUGCAUGAGAAGGAUGGUAAAAGUGAGUUCAAAAGGGAGAUCAUCCACACCACUUGCAGAUCAGCGGGAGAAGAACAAUCAAUAGAGAGAUAGGGCAAAAGGGAGAUCUUUAUGCCACAUAAACUUGCAGAUCAGCGUGAGGAGGACAGAUAUAGGGCAAAAGAGGAUCUCUAUGCCGCCCAUAGAUCAACAUAUACCUUGGUCACGUUCUGGCUACAAGAAGGAUGAUCAAGGAGGACUGGGGAAGACCGGCGGGACGAAGGCAUGGAGAUCGCUGUUUGGCGCCAAUGUGCGUUCUGUUUGGCGCCAAGCAGCCGUAGGAGAUAUUUCACCGGACAAAUUGGGGUGUUUGUUUUCAUUCUUUAAAAGAAUUAAGUGGGGAAAUUAGAGCGGUCAGAUUGGAAUUGACGGCUGAUGUAGAUGUCUACAGCACCCGUGCAGUAAUAGUUGGACUGCAGAGGAGCCGAACCCCGUGGAAGAGGAGAGUUUCCGAGACACCGCACAACAGAUCGAGAAAUCCUGAGGCUAAAUCACGGUACAUGCGCGGGCGCGCAUGGCCAUGGCGAUGUCAACCGGCGACGGCGUCGUCCACCGCAUGCUCAGCCUCCACCGAGUCGUCAAGAGCAAUCUCGUCGCCGGUCUCCUCCGGUUCAUCCCGACUGCGCCGACGACGACGGCAGCACCGGCGGUGGAGACGCCCGCGUGCCUGCUCGGAAACGGCAUCAAGACCGUGGUGCUCGAAGUCGACGCGCUGCUCCUCAAGUCUUCACCGCCGUCGGCCGCGACGCUGUUCCCUCCUUUCUUCCUCGUCGCCGUCGAGGCCGGCAGCUUCGCCCGAGGCCUCCUCCUGCUCGCGCUCUACCCGUUCCUGCACAUCAUGACGCACGCGAUGUGUGUAGAGGCCAUGGUCAUGGUCAGCUUCUGCGGGCUGCGGCGCGACGAGGCGGCGAGGAUCGGCAGGGCCGUGCUGCCCAAGUACUUCUCCAAGGAGGCGGCGCGCGUGGAGGCGCUGGGGGAGGCGAGGGAGGCGACGGCGAGUGAGGUGAAGGUGGCGGCGGCGAGCAGGUCGUUCCCGACGGUGAUGGUGGAGGCGUUCUUGAAGGAUUACGUGGGCUUCGACGCGGUGAUCGGCAGGGAGGUCAAGACGGGCUACGGAUACUUCGCCGGUGUAAUGGACGACGGGAACACGUACGCGGAGAGGCUUAGGGCUGCGGUCAAGAGAGCCGAAGAGAACACUACGUACCACUACCCGAAGCCCAUGAUCUUCCACGACGGGCGGCUGGCGUUCACCGACACCGCGGCCGCGCUCGCCAUGUACGUCUACUUCCCCUUUCGCCGUCGUGCUCUCUGUCGUGCACAUCGCCAUCUAUACCCUCCCUCCGCGCGCCUGAUAGGCCCAGCCGCCGCGCUCGCCGGCGUGCGGGUGCGCGUCACCGGCGCCCCUCCCGCCGCCGCGCCGCCCGCGUGCCUGCUCGGAAACGGCAUCAAGACCGUGGUGCUCGAAGUCGACGCGCUGCUCCUCAAGUCUUCACCGCCGUCGGCCGCGACGCUGUUCCCUCCUUUCUUCCUCGUCGCCGUCGAGGCCGGCAGCUUCGCCCGAGGCCUCCUCCUGCUCGCGCUCUACCCGUUCCUGCACAUCAUGACGCACGCGAUGUGUGUAGAGGCCAUGGUCAUGGUCAGCUUCUGCGGGCUGCGGCGCGACGAGGCGGCGAGGAUCGGCAGGGCCGUGCUGCCCAAGUACUUCUCCAAGGAGGCGGCGCGCGUGGAGGCGCUGGGGGAGGCGAGGGAGGCGACGGCGAGUGAGGUGAAGGUGGCGGCGGCGAGCAGGUCGUUCCCGACGGUGAUGGUGGAGGCGUUCUUGAAGGAUUACGUGGGCUUCGACGCGGUGAUCGGCAGGGAGGUCAAGACGGGCUACGGAUACUUCGCCGGUGUAAUGGACGACGGGAACACGUACGCGGAGAGGCUUAGGGCUGCGGUCAAGAGAGCCGAAGAGAACACUACGUACCACUACCCGAAGCCCAUGAUCUUCCACGACGGGCGGCUGGCGUUCACGCCGACACCGGCGGCCGCGCUCGCCAUGUACGUCUACUUCCCCUUCGCCGUCGUGCUCUCUGUCGUGCACAUCGCCAUCUAUACCCUCCUCCCGCGGCGCCUGAUAGGCCCAGCCGCCGCGCUCGCCGGCGUGCGGGUGCGCGUCACCGGCGCCCCUCCCGCCGCCGCGAACGGCGAGAGCGGCGCCUCGGGCGGCCGGUUCUACGCGUGCAACCACCGCACGCUCCUCGACCCGAUUGCCAUCUCGAGCGCGCUGGGGAAGCCCGUGUUCGCCGUGACGUACAGCCUGAGCCCGCUGUCGGAGCUGCUCUCGCCGAUCCCGCUGCUGCGCCUCACCCGCGGCCGCGACGAGGACCGGUGCCGCAUGUCGGAGCUGCUGGAGCGGGGCGACGUGGUGGUGUGCCCGGAGGGGACGACGUGCCGCGAGCCGUACCUGCUCAGGUUCAGCCCGCUGUUCGCCGAGCUCGCCGACGAGGUGAGCCCCGUGGCGGUGGACGAGCGCUCCACCAUGUUCUACGGCACGUCGACGUCGCCGGGCGCCAAGUGCUUGGACUCGGUCUUUUUCCUGAUGAACCCACGGCCGGAGUACUCGGUCCACUUCCUGGAGCCCGUGCGCACAGACAACCCGCGUGGCAGCAUCGAGGUCGCGAACCAGGUGCAGGGCGUGCUGGCCGGCGCUCUCGGGUUCACGCCCACGGCGCUGACGAGGAAGGACAAGUACUUGCUGCUCGCUGGUAACGAGGGGGUCGUGGCGACCAAGACGAGCAAAGUCAUCUAGGAUUGUAGGGAUGCUUAGAAUAUAUACAUAGUAGAGUGUUGUUUUGCGUUACUGUACAUUGCACUGCAUAACCACAUUUUUUGUAUGCCGGAUUGAUGAACUGGGUAUGUUUGGAACGUUAAAGUUUCAUAUAUUUCACAUGGGAUGGGACACAUUAUUCA